AUCCUUUUUCCGAGAGAGAGAGAGAGAGAGGGAGAGAUGAGAAAAGCCUUGUUCAGAUUUUUAGUGUUCGUUUCGAACAUGAUCCCGCUGGCCUCUGCGGCUGUUUUUUUCAAUCCCUUGCACGCUUCCUUCCCCGACCUUGCCGCAAAAUUUGCUGUUCCUAUCAGUAGCUUUGGUGUUUGUGGAGUAUUGGAUAUAGCAGACCCUCUGGACGCUUGCUCUCAACUACAAAUUGGUGUUCAAUCCAAUGAAGCUAAGCAAAAGAGGUUUGCUUUGAUAAUUAGGGGUGGGUGUACCUUCGAGGAUAAGGUCCGAAACGCGCAGAACGCUGGCUUUGGUGCCGCGAUCGUGUACGAUGACCGGGACAAGGGAAAAUUGGUUUACAUGAUGAUAAAUCCUGAAAACGUAACAGUACAUGCGGUUUUUGUUUCAAAGGCAACGGGUGAAAUUUUGAAGGAGUAUGCUCGAGAGGAAAAGGGCGAAUGCUGCAUCUUCCCAUCUCAUUUUGAAUCAUCAUGGACGGUGUUGACAAUAUCUUUUAUCUCUUUUAUUGUUAUAUGCGCUAUUGUUGUGUUAGUCUUCUAUACCCCCAGACACUUGUCGUAUUCACAAGGAACAUAUUAUCGCUCUCAAAGUGUUGAUAUUGAGACGGUGAAAGCUCUACCUUGCUUCACGUUCAGCUCUGCUCGUUCCGGGGAUUGUCAUACUGAAGAAACUUGUGCCAUUUGCCUGGAGGAUUACAAAGAUGGGGAAAUUCUAAAAGUUCUCCCCUGCCAACAUGAAUUCCAUUCAAGCUGUGUGAGUUUGUGGUUGACUAAGUCAGGGACAUUCUGCCCAGUGUGCAAGCAUGAUUUGGGAACCAAAAAAUUGCAUAUUCUGAGGCCUGGUUACUCUAUACAAGGUGUUGGUUAUGCUCUCUCGUCUCAUUCUUCUUCUCCAGAGAUUACUUUGGCAAUUCACAUGCUGAAUGCCAUCCUGGAACUUGGAUCGAGCAUAGUGAAGAGAGGAAUUUGGAUAUAUAUUCAACAAGAGGAAAGGACGAUUAGUCUAGCUUUUGACAUGAGAAAGGUUUGUUUCAUUUUCUCUGCAAAAUUUGAUAUGGGUCUUUCCUCUGCAAUGUUCCCUCGUUGUUUCUUUCUUCUUCUUCUUCUUCUUCUUCUACUUCUUCUUACAUAUUGUAGCCCGGGAGCAGAAGUUGUCACCGUUGAUGUUCAUGAAGCUAAGGAUCUGAUCAAGUCUGGCCACAAGUAUCUAGAUGUUAGGACUGUGGAAGAGUUCAAGAAAGGGCAUGUGGGUUCAGACAAGAUCCUCAACAUUCCUUACAUGUUCAAUACACCAGAAGGUAGAGUGAAAAAUCCUAAAUUCGUGGGGGAGGUUUCGUCUGCUUGCAACAAAGAGGAUCAUCUUAUUGUGGGUUGUCAAAGUGGGGUCCGAUCCCUGUCUGCAACUGCUGAUCUUCUUAGCGCUGGCUUCAAGCAUGUGAGCGACAUGGGAGGAGGUUAUCUCGCCUGGGUGGAGAACGGGUUUCUUGUGCAAAAGCCAGAAGCUGAGCUCUAAUGGAUAUAGAACAAUUACCACAAUUUGCAAUUUCAUGUACAAGCAAAAAAGUGGGAGGAUAUAUAAAUUUAUGGUUAUUUUCCGCUCGUAAAUGUAUUUACAAUCGUGAGCAAAAUACUAGGCUCCGUUUGUUUGGGUGUAAAAUAUUUUACGAAAAAUAUUUUCUGUAUUUUUUAGUGUUUGGUGUAGCCGAAAAUAAUGGUCAACGGAAAUCAUUUUUAGUUUAA